GUGUUGCUUGUCAGCUGCAAGUCAAGCCAGAAAUUUGGCUUUCACUACGGCUUUAGUUGUGUCAGAGUAAUGCUUACUCAGCGCGGCGCUGCGGUGAGGAGGGGAGACUUCACUGUCAAGUAAAGUUUUUCUUUCUUUCUUUUUUUUUGUUUUGUUUUCUCUCGGGCGCUCAGGAGCUUCUUUCUUUCCGAUGACCUCCUUUAUCUCAGCCUGGAUUUGGAGUGAGAGGUUCUGGCUCCCAGAGAAUGUGUCAUGGGCUGACCUGGAGCAUCCACCAGCCGGAGUGGAGUACCCCAAACUGGGGCACGUCAUGCUGUACGCUCUGCCUCUGGCUGUGGGGCUUUUACUGCUCAGACGGCUGUUUGAGAGGCUAGUGGCCAAGCCCUGUGCCCACAUACUUCAGAUUCAGGAGGGAGUGCCUCGACGAGCUCAGUCUAAUGCUGUCCUGGAGAGGCUCUAUCAGUCCAACGCAUGUCCAGACAGGAGGCAGCUGGAGGGGCUCACCAAGCAACUGGACUGGGAUGAAAGAAAAAUCCAGAGGUGGUUUCGGGUCCGUCGGAACCAGGACAGGCCCAGCAUGCAGACAAAGUUCUGUGAGAGCAUGUGGAGAUUCACCUUUUACUUGGUGAUUUUUAUUUACUCCAUUGGCUAUUUGUGGGUGUCACCUUGGAUGUGGGAUGUUCGACAGUGUUGGCACAACUAUCCAUUCCAGCCUCUGAGUCCUGGACAAUAUACUCACUAUGUUGCUGAGCUGGCUUUUUACUGGUCCCUGAUGUUUUCCCAGUUUACAGAUAUUAAACGGAAGGAUUUCGUCAUCAUGUUUGUCCACCACCUGGCCACCAUACUCCUCAUCACUUUCUCUUACGGCAACAACAUGAUAAGAGCUGGCAGUCUGGUCAUGUGUGUCCAUGAUGCAUCAGAUUUUUUCCUUGAGGCUGCAAAGCUGGCCAACUAUGCCAAGUACCAGAAGCUGUGUGACGUCUUUUUUGUGGUAUUCAGCGUGGUCUUUUUCCUCACUCGACUCGUCAUCUUUCCUUUCUGGAUUGUUUACAGCGUUCUGUUUGACAGCUGGGAGAUCAUCGGGCCGUAUCGAGCGUGGUGGCUGUUAAAUGGGCUGCUGCUGGUCCUGCAGGUUCUUCACAUCAUCUGGUUCUACCUAAUCACCCGCAUUGCAAUCAAGGCUAUCUUCAAGGGAAAGGUGUCAAAAGAUGUCCGAAGUGACAUAGAAAGCAGCUCAGAUGAAGAGCUUUCCACCAGCAGCAGUAAAAAAUGUCCCACCCCCAUAGUGAAGGACAACAAUCACACCAGUGGUCUGAAUGGAGGAACUUACAACCACUGAGUGGGAAUCAUUUCUGUCUGUGAAGCUCUGUCUCUUGAAUAUUGUUGCCUGUCACAUUCACCUUAUUUCUGUGACUCUAUACUUGGUUUUGUUUAGUUUUUUACACAUUGUUGAAUGAUCUAGCACACAGACAAAACUUUCCUUUACUGAUGGGAAUGUACAUUUUUUGUUAUUUGAUGUUUAUUUUCACAAGUUGACAGAGCGUGUGCGUGUGUGAUUGCAGAACUUCAUACUGCACGUGUGUAAGAUACUGUAAAAUAAAUCACGUCUGAUUUAUUUAUUUAAUUAUUCCCAAAGAUGCUGCUUUGUAAUUCCAAAUGCUGAACAGCCCAAAGAUCUCUUAUCGAGCAGAAAUGCUUUGAAUCAAGUUGUGCAGGAAUUUGUUUUUUCUGUGUAAUAAAAGACUUUGCAACAAA